CACUCUGCAAAAUAACAAGAACCAGGUUUCUAUUCCUCUCCCUCUCUGAGUAUUCAUUAUUUUAUGCAUUGAAUCUAUCUCUUUCCCCACCAAAAUAUGAAAAGCAUAUCUGUGUCUCUGUUAAUGCCAAUUUUCUAUGCAUUGAACCCAUCUCUCUCUCUCUGACUGCCAAUAACAAAAAGAAGAAGAAGACCCAUGUCUGAUACUCUUUUCUCAUAGAAAACACUUAUUCUCAUUGACUCAUAAAGCAAUAAUCAGGGUCUUCCUUAGAUUCUCCUUUCUCAUUCACUCAUUCCCACCAUUUCUGAUACACAAAAAACGCGUUUUUCCUGUCCUGUAUAGCUAAACAAACCUCUCUCUCUGUCUUUCUCUGUCUCUGUCUCUCUCUCUCUCUCUCUGUCUCUCUCUCUCUCUCUCUCUCUUAUCUAACCCCUCCCAUGGCAAAAACUGAAAACAAAAUCCCAAUACUCCUUUUAGCUCUGCUCCUUAUCUCCACACAGUUUCAGCUAUGUUUAACCACCACCAUACCAGGGCCCAUCAAAACUAUAGUAGUCCUUGUCCUCGAGAACAGAUCAUUCGAUCACAUGCUCGGUUGGAUGAAGAGAAAUAACCCAUUGAUCAAUGGAGUUACAGGCAGUGAGUGUCUCCCCAAAUCCACUCAAGACCCACAAUCCACAACUGUUUGUUUCUCCAAUGACGCAGAGUUUGUUGAUCCAGACCCAGGCCACUCCUUCCAGGCCAUAAAGGAACAGGUUUUUGGCUCUGAGAACUCAACAGAGGCAAAAAUGUUUGGCUUUGUCCAACAAGCUCUAUCCAUUUCUCCAGAUCUUGGAGACAAGGUCAUGAAGGGCUUUAGACCAGAGGUCUUACCGGUCUACUCAACUCUGGUUCAAGAAUUCGCAGUCUUUGAUCGAUGGUUCUCUUCUCUUCCAGGCCCAACUCAACCCAAUAGGCUCUUUGUUUACUCUGCAACUUCUCAUGGAGCAACAAGCCAUGUCAAAAAACAACUUGCACUGGGCUAUCCCCAAAAGACCAUCUUUGAUUCUCUUCAUGAAUCAGACCUCUCUUUUGGUAUCUAUUUCAAGAGCAUACCAACCACUCUUUUUUAUAGGAAUUUGAGGAAGCUAAAGUAUAUCUCUAAGUUUAAGCAAUAUGAUUUAAGUUUUGAGAGAGAUGCAAGAGAAGGAAAGUUGCCAAAUUUGUGUGUGAUUGAGCCAAUGUACUUUGAUAUGAAGGGGAGAGAAGCUGAUGAUGAUCACCCAUCUCAUGAUAUAUCUAAUGGUCAGAAAUUGGUUAAAGAGGUUUAUGAGAUUUUGAGGAAGAGUCCACAGUGGAACGAGACUUUAAUGGUGGUGACUUAUGAUGAGCAUGGUGGGUUCUUUGAUCAUGUGCCUACUCCCACUUUGAAUGUGCCUAGCCCUGAUGGGAUCAUAGGAGCUGCCCCUGAUUACUUCAAGUUUGAUAGGUUGGGAGUGAGAGUGCCCACCAUCAUGGUUUCCCCUUGGAUCAAGAAGGGAACAGUGAUGAGCAAACCUACUGGGCCAAAUGUGAACUCUGAAUUCGAGCACUCGUCGAUUCCAGCAACCAUAAAGAAGAUGUUCAACUUGACCUCCAAUUUCUUGACUUACAGAGAUGCUUGGGCUGGAACCUUUGAGCAAGUUGUCGGCCUCUUAUCCGAACCAAGGACUGAUUGCCCAGAGGUCCUGCCCGAGGUGUUGAAGCCUAUGAGAUCAACCGAAGCCAAAGAAGAUGCAAAAUUAACAGAGUUUCAGAGAGAGAUAACACAAUUGGCUUCUGUCCUAAAUGGAGACCAUUUCUUGAGUAGUUUCACAAGUGAAAUGAGUGAGAAAAUGACAGUGAAAGGGGCACAUGAGUAUGUGAAUGGCGCUGUAUCUCGCUUCAUGGAAGCCAGCAAAGAAGCCAUACAGCUUGGGGCAGAUGAGUCUGCCACAGUAAAAAUGAGAUCUUCUCUCACUACAAGAACGCCUUUCCCUUGAAAACUUUGGCUUCCUCUCUAUUCUAGAGAGAGAGAAAUAGUAUAUUGCCAAGUAUGGUUGAUUGCAUUGUUCUGAGAUUUGAUACCAAAGUGUAUAACGAUAAAAAGGAAAGUUCUGCGUAGUAGUACCAUACACAGGCUUACAAAAAUCGUCGUUUUGAGUCGGAACCGCCUUGUUCAAACACAAACCAGUGGAAUCUGAGUUAACCCAACAAUUGGAUCUGUUGCUUUUUCUUU